ACUUGAUACCGAAAGAUUGUUUUUUUGUGUUUUGUGGUUCAGUGUAAUCUUUUUUGAUAUGAAGUACUUGAGUUGAUUUGGGAAAACCGAAUAGAUGUAUUAAUGAAUUGAAUUUAACAUUAUUUUUUCACAACACAAAUGAAAUACAUAGAACUGCGAUAUCUCAUAUAUCAUGUACAGUUCUUCAUAAUUUGAAAGAUUAAAUAAGAUGGCUUUCAGAAUGCACAAAUGGCCGGCGUUAAACAAACAGUUUUUGAUAGCCCUUUUUACGGGCUUAAUUGCAGGAUUUUUAACAGCUUACCUUGUUAUGACACCUAAGAUUUUAACCACUCUUACCGAUCCUCACACAAGCAGUGAAAUGGAAUUUAUGUUUGGACCGACUAUAGAUCCUGGCACUCACUCAGAUAAUGAAGAAUUUCAUAUGAUGGAAGAUGCCACUGUAGCUAAUAAAUUAUAUGAAGAAGUUAAAAUUUUGUGCUGGAUUAUGACGGGGCCAAAAAAUCAUGAGAAACGAGCAAAGCAUGUGAAGAAAACAUGGGGAAAACGAUGCAACAUAUUAUUAUUUAUGAGUUCUGUCCAGGAUGAUUCUCUACCAUCAGUGGCAUUACCAGUAGGUGAAGGCCGUAAUAACCUGUGGCUGAAAACAAAAGAGGCAUUCAAAUACGUUUACAAACACUACUAUGAUAAAGCUGACUGGUUUUUGAAGGCAGAUGAUGAUACUUAUAUGAUAUUGGAAAACCUAAGGUAUAUGUUAUUACCUCACAAACCCAGUGAACCCGUAUAUUUUGGGUGUAAAUUCAAACCUUAUGUGAAACAAGGAUACAUGAGUGGUGGAGCAGGAUAUGUUUUGAGUACGGAGGCUUUAAGAAGAUUUGCUGAGAUUGGUUUGGUAAAUUCAACAGUCUGUUCAAAGGAUAGCCAUGAUUCCGAAGAUGUUGAGAUGGGUAAAUGCAUGGAAGCUUUGCAUGUGGCAGCUGGUGAUACACGAGAUUCCUUGGGUAGAGGAAGAUUUUUUCCAUUUGUACCAGAACACCACUUGAUACCAGGACAUGUUUCAAAAAAUUUUUGGUACUGGCAGUAUAUUUAUUAUGAGAGCAAGGAGGGAAUGGGUUGCUGUUCUGAUAAUGCUGUUUCAUUUCAUUAUGUCAGUCCAAAUCAAAUGUAUGUUUUGGAGUAUCUUAUAUAUCAUCUAAGACCAUAUGGUAUUUCGUUCCAUGUUGAAAUGCCACCUGAACUGACAGAUGAACCUCCUUCAGUCAAAUAUGAAAAACAAGUCAGUACUACUACAUAGAGAUCAAUCCAUAGAAUGAAAGUUGUGCCAGCUGUUGGAGCAACCAGAAUGAACAAAUCUAGUCCAUAUUACAAUAUAAACACAAGAAAUGAUCUUUUGGCAAAAAAUUUCCUGUCUAGUUAGUAUUCAAAGACUGUCUUGUGUAUUCUCUGAUAAUUUUUUGAAAUGCAGAUAUUCAAAUAUCUGAUAAUUGUUAUUUUUGUGAUAUUGAUUUAAUUAUUGUCCAUAGAACUUGUCAAGUACAAGAAAUUAGGGAAGUUUUCUCAUGAUCAAAUACAUAAUUUAGAUUGAAAAUUAUGUAUGUGGCAUUAGAAUUGAAAUAGUUGAUUCAAUUUUGAAUCAUCGAAGUAUUUGUCCUGUUAGGUGUACCAUACAAUGAAAACAUCUAAGGGAUUUCAUAAAUAAUCAGUAUUCAGAUAUUGUAAAUUUUAUGUUCAAUAAUAUAAGACAAGUUGGGGCAAGUGUAUGUUAUAGUUUGCAAACUUCAACCAGACUUCAAAAACAGUCCUAAUACUUGGUUAAUAUUCAUUUAUGUUCAAGAUACCUCUGAAUCCCUUAUUUUCAACUGUAUAGCUGUUUCUUAACUUUGAAAAAAUCGCAUUAUGAAAAAGGUUUUUCAGGUGUGAGUUGGUAUAUAGUUCUAAACUCGGCCACUACAUUUCAUCCAGCUCUUUACUUCAAGAACAAAAUUCAUCACCAACUUAUGCACUUGCCCCAUUUUCGCCCUUGUCCCGAGGUACCUUUGAAUUAGCUAGGUUAGGAUCAAAUAAGAUAUAAGUUUUUUUUUCCAUUGCGCCAUUGCAACAAAGUAUUUGUUAUUUUCAUGGAAGUUAUUUCUUAUAGUUUAAUCAUAUUUUAGUAUUGUUGCCAAACGUUUAUUCCAUUGCUGAGGAUGCAAUUCUUUUACAUGAAACAACUUGAGUUCAGGGUUUUUAUGAUUAUUUCAUGAUGAACAGUGAUUUCAAUACAUUGUGUUGAUUUUGAUAACACAGAAUAUUGUUUUCUUUUCUAUGAUUAAUAACUGUGCCUAUAUGCUUUAUCCUGAACUGUAUCAUUAAUCUUAUCACCAAGUAUAUUACACUUUUUUUUCUCGAUGAAUUAGACAAUUUUUCUAGGCCACAUUUGUUUAUCCAUGAUUAUAAUUUGAUUUUUAAAGUAAUUGUGAAAUUUGAAAAAUUAUUAUAUUGGUUAAAGGUCAAUGACAAUACUAACCAAAUUAUUUUUCGAAGAAGUAUCUUUAAAUUCUAAGCUUUCAACCAACUUAUAGAUGGAAAUCUCAAUUGACUUGUUUGAGAAACUUCAUUUCUCAGUAAUCUUUAAAAUAAUUAUCUCAUUUUGUAAAAAACUAGUAAUAUUUUGGUUUACAAAGGUUUUUUUGGCACAUUUUUAUGAUUUCAUUGCUUUCUUUCAGACUGCAGGUACAAAUAUUUACGUGAAUUCACAAUCUUUUCUUAAAUAUUCAAGUUUAUCAAUACGAAUAUGGCAUAUUUAUUAGGUAUUUCAUAGAUUGUGUUUUUCAACGCUAUUGUUAUUCUGAAAGGUUAAGAUAAAUGUGAUAUUGUAAGUAGAAAAUGGUUUUUAUGUCUCUUCUGAAAAUUGAUAAUUAAGUUUGUUUUAAAGAAUUAUAAAUAUCUCAACAGGUUUGCAAACUCUUUACUUCGUAACUAAAAACUAUAAUAUAUGAGGUGAAAAUUAUUCAAAAUUUAAUAUCUUGUACAGUUUACAAACUUGAUUUCAUUCAGAUGAAUACUGGAUACCACCACAAUUUAUUUCAAAAUAUAUGUGCUUCUUCAUUUCAUAAACAACUAUUUUUUUCAAUUCUGGAAAAUAGUUAUUCACAAUAUGAAACUUAUCAUUUAUGAAUCUUACAUCUUUCACACUUAUUGAGAAUACAAUAGUGUUCGCCCAUAAAAAUCCAGAAUGUUUAUUCUCGAGCAGUUGAUACCAGGUGAAUAUUGUAUAGAUUAGCUGAUAAAUUGUGGACAUAUACACACGAACCACUGGUGCGUCAUUUGAAUACCUGUUAUGUAAUUAAUGGCACACUAAAGCUUUGUACAAGCACAUAGGGUUGCUUCUUCAGAGCUCAAAAAUUGAAUGAGAAUUGUAAAUAGAAAACAUUUGUAUUUAAUAAAAACAAUACUAGUCAUCUCAAUAAAUACUUAGAAUAAAAA